UCUUGAAUCGACAAUUUUCCUCGGAGAAGGGGCUGUCACUCCCCUGUAUUUUGGUCAAAGCCUGUCAUUAUACUGAAAAAUGGCCUCGGUACUGGGACGUGUGUUUGUUUACGGUGGCAAGGGGGCCCUGGGCUCCGCCUGUGUCACUAAAUUUAAAUCUCAAAAUUGGUGGGUCGGAAGCAUUGAUAUGAAAGCUAAUGACGCUGCUGACGCAAAUGUCAUCGUCAAAGGGGAGCAAAGCUGGAAGGAGCAGGAAGCUUAUAUCCUGGAUCAAGUUAAGGAGAUUUUGAAUGGUGAGAAAGUCGAUGGGGUUAUCUGCGUCGCUGGGGGAUGGGCCGGGGGUAAUGCAGCCAACAAGGACUUCUUGACAAAUACAGAAUUGAUGUGGAAGCAGAGUGUCUGGAGUUCUACGAUUGCGGCUAGCAUUGCCGCCCAUUAUUUGAAGGAAGGGGGGUUCUUGUCCUUGACUGGGGCUAAGGCUGCGUUGGAGGGAACUCCCGGAAUGAUUGGGUAUGGAAUGGCCAAGGCUGCAGUCCACCAAUUGACCAAAUCUUUAGCAGCUAAAAACAGCGGUCUUCCACAGGACUCACUAGUCGCUGCGAUCCUUCCUGUAACUCUCGACACUCCCAUGAACAGGAAGUGGAUGCCUAAAGCUGACACAUCUACAUGGACCCCUCUUGAUUUCAUAUCCAACCUCUUCUGGAAAUGGUCUCAGAAUGUUGAACGGCCAGCGAGUGGAGAACUCCUCCAACUAAUAACUAAGGACAACAAAACUGAGGUCACAUCAGCCUAAAAACCCACCCAGGAAAGACGCAACAUUAUGGCUAGUCUACAUGACAUGACAUUUAUUGAAAACAUAAAAAAUACAGUAGCUCUAUUACAAAUUUACAAAAGUUCAUUCAAUGUCACCCGUAUCAAUGAAUUGCCGUUGAAGUUACUCAAGUUUAUUUUUUAACAUUUUUCUUUCAUGAGAAAUUGGGAAGAAGGCAGUUAUGUUUGUACGUAAUAUACUCAGUUCUUUCAUAAUAGUUUUUUAUGCAUUUUGUACAGUACGAAAAGUCCUAUGAAGUUGUGCAUUAAAAAUUGGUUCAACACA